AUGUCAUCAUUAAAUAAUAAUACAACAACCAAUAAUUCUGUUACAAAAAAUUCCCCUUUAAAUAUUCUUGAUAAAGUUAAACAAUUUUUACCUCAAAUUGCAGAAGCAAAUGAAAAAUUAAAAAAUGAUGAGACAAAGGGUUCGGUUUUAAUUGAAAAAUUUGAGGAAGAAUCCAGCAAUGUUUCUGAAAAUGAGACGAGUAGUAGUGAAGAUUCUGAUGAAGAAUCGAAUGAGGAUUUUUGUGAUUCCGAUGAUGAACUUCAACCAAAGUUGUCUAACGAAGAGUCGAAACAGUUUGUUCAAUUUGAUGUUCACCUUUUUGAAGAAGAAGAUGGAAAUAAUAAAGGAAGAAAACUUGUAAUGGAAACGAGUACCUCUAGCGAUAUCAUUCGAAAAAUGCUAGAGGACUCGUUAGGAGAAGACCACGUUAUUACAAACACUAGAGCCUGCUUUGCCAAUUCUUGCGGUGGAUAUGAAUCUUUAAUAAAAGAACAUUUGAACUCAAUGAAUAUUCGUGGACCGGAUAAGGAUUUUGAACAUCUGAUUGAACCCCAUUUGCGUAUCGUUAGCACAAUAAUAAUGACAAAAUUUAACAACGCCAAUGUUGAUUGCCACAGAUUAUUCUGCAUGCGCAACAUGGGACUGAAUCCCCAUAAACGUCUCAUCACUCAAUUAGAACAACUAGUUAUAGAUGCUAUUGGUCGUACUAGCCGAUUUCCUUCAAAAUCACAUAAAUACGAUUGCUUCCCAAUUCCAUACGACUUUAAGUUACCAGACGGCAAGCGGAUUGAUUUUCAACGUGAUUGUAACAUGAAGUACUUGUAUCGAAUUCGUUAUCCGCCCGAGCAAAUUCAACAAAUGAAGGAUUUAGCCGAACAAGAAGGUCGUCAGCUAGAUGAAGACAUAUUGAAUCCUACAUGGAAAAUACUUCCGAUUAUUGGCUAUGAAGUUAACUAUGAGAAUUGCCUGAACGACUUAACUUCAAGUUAUAAAUUAAUGUCCUUUCUUCAGAGAAAAUUUCCAGAGGUUGUUAUUAAUGGUGGCGUGUCAUGCCAAGAUAAUAUUGGACUACGCUGUCAAUUAAUUAAUAGUGACGAGGAUUUUGCAUGGUCGGAUUAUAGGGUAACAUCAGAUGAUUUGGUACUUGGUGCAGCACUAGGAUUUGGUGAGCUGUAUAAAGAAACACCUGAACUCCGAUGUUAUCGCUUGAAUUGUUCGGUAUAUCUAAGAAUUGGUGGAGAGAAUGCAAGAAGUAUGCUUCUGUGCAAUUUACGAUGA